AUGCUGGAAGAAGACUUCACUCCUGCCGAGACUACGGACAACGGCAAGCACCGAUGGAAAAAGGUUGAAUUUUUUUGAAGAUUUUCUUUAAUUAUUUCAAGACGGUCAAAAUGGCCUUGCCCCACGUGGGUCUUGGAGUUCUGCUAUUUCUCUACCUACUCAUCGGGGCUUCGAUUUUCAACUAUUUGGAGUACGAAGCCGAUGUCAAAAUACAGAAGGCGAAGCUCGAUAGGCUAAAGACGGUAAAUAUAACAUCUUGAAAAAAAAAAAACCGUAAAAUAACUUGGAUCUUUGAAAAAAAAUUGAGAGUUGGCCGUUUUGAACAAAGAAACAAGCGCGUAAAAUCUGUGGUCAACGCUCUCAUUAAGGUUUUUCAAUAACCCUUCAUCAGAACGGAAAAAUAUGAAAAAUAUGAAAAAUCAAAAAUAAAAACAAAAAAUGUAACAUUAGGCGUGAGCUGGUGGGUUUUGUGCAUACACUCCGUCUAGCACAGGCAAAAAACCUACAGUAAUCGAAAAUUAUCGCAAAAACUUUUUUUUCAGUUUUUUUUUCAGUUCUUUCAAUUUUUAUUUGUACAGUGAUUAUUUCAGGAUUAUAAAAACGUAGUUGAAGCUGUGCGUGACGUUAUUGGUGAUGAGGAAAACUUUGCCGAAUAUGAACCACUCCUUUUUAAACAAUUGUCAAAGUAACAUUUUUUUUUCUUCGAAUAAAAAGCAACAAUAUUUAGGUUAUCAACGCUCCAUGAAGGACGAUAUUUUGAGUUGGAUCCCGGAAUGUUGUCCGAAGACGCUCUAUCGGCCCGUUGGACCAAAAGCAGCUCAUUUCUCUACGCUUUGAGCAUUUUGGUUAGACUUUUUGUCUUGCAAUGUUCAAAAAUUGGAUUUUCAGACCACAACAGGAUAUGCCUAUGCUGUUCCAGUAACAGGCCUUGGCCAAUGUUUCGCGAUAGCUUAUGGACUUGUUGGUAUUCCAUUGAUGGUCCUUGCCGCCGUGGAUAUCGGCAAAUUUUUGUCUCAUAUCGUCCUGGAAGCUUAUGCCAAGGUUGUAUAAGGAAAAAAUAGAAGACAUUCUGAAUUUAGUACCUAAAAUUCCUGGAGAAAAUCGGUCGGAAGAAGCGAGACAUGUCCUUGAAGAGGAAGAGGUGAGAAAUUUCCGAUUCUGAGGCUUCGAAAUGAAUUUUUCAUCGGUCCAAAAUGUUUCAAAUGCUUGUUUAAACCUUAAAUCCAACAGCAAGUUUAAAAAAAACAAAAAAAAAUGUCUCGAAAACUAAAAUUUCGUUGGAGCGCACUUGACUUAUUAAAAAUAGCCUUCAGAACUUUUUGAGCAUUUUCUGAAGCCCAGAUUGUCUAUAACUUUUUAAAAAAAUGUUUAAAAACUUUCAAAAUUAUUUCAAAAACAUGAAAAAAAGAAUUGCCAAGCGGUUGAAAAAAACUCAUUUUUUUAAAUCGAAUUUUCACUUGUUUUUUUGAGAAUUUUUUUAAUUUAACUACCGUAUUUUUUUAAAAAGUUAUCAAAGCUAAGGACAAGAAAAAAAGCUUGGAUUUGAGUUUCAAAUUUAGAAAAAAAUAGUAAAGAUCAGAAAUUUAGGAAAUAGAAGCUUAAGACCAACUCUAUCUUGUCAUUUUUCACUGAAAGUGAAAAAUUCGAGGCUUUUUCUCAAUUUCAAGACUUUGAAUUGCAAAAGUCAGGUCAUUUUUUCGAUAUUGCAACCAAUUAAAAAUUAAUCGAGCUUGAGAAUUUGAAAAAAAACUUGGAUUUGAGCUUCAAAUUGGAAAAAAAAAAGAAAAAAGCUCUGUUUUUUUGAUAAAUGGAAGCUUAAGAUCAACUCAAUCUUUUUAAUUUUUUCUCUAAAAGGGGAAAUUUCGAGCCCCGCCCCUUUUCGCGAUGGAAAAAAGGCCAUUUUUUUGGUGUUCCGUCUUUGACUGUUUCGUACAACCGAUAGAAACAAUGAAAAAUGAUGAAAAUUUCAGCAUACAUGUAGAAAAGGUUCCUCUUUCCGUUGAGCAGGUUUUUAGGUACUUUCCAUGUGUUUCAAAGAUCACUGUAGGAUGGAGUUGUGCACUCACUGUGACAAAAGUGAUGGUAAUCUGGAAUGAAAGCUCGUAAAACCUUCUACGGCUCAUGAAACCGUGCCGCCCUUGCAAAUAAGCGUGCGCGCAGAUUGCAUAAGAGCUCGCAAAACCAAAUUUUCAAUGCAAAAAAUUUUGCUUUUCGAUCACUUUUAAAUAUUGUUUUCUCCUCUUAUUCUUAAUAUUUUUCGUUUUUCUUUUCUGUUUUCGUAUACUACAUGUUGCAAUCAUUAUUUUUAUAACAAAAACUAGGAACUAGCUUGAGUUCGAAAAAUAGUUUUGUGGUCCCUAGACACUACUCACCUAGUGAUCCUUCAGAAGUCGACUCGGGAAGGACGGCGAGACGGCGAAGAUGAUCGACGACGCGGCUUCCAGCGACGUCGGCGACGCCGACAAGGCCUCGACGCCUCCAGAACGACGUCUUCCCUUGGUCAUCAACGCCUCGAUUCUGCUCGUCUUCUGCAUGCUCGGCGGCAUUCUCUACAUCGCUGCAGGUUGAAAUUAUUAGAAUUUUCUACAAAGAUUAAAAGAAGUUUUCUUGGUAGAAAAUUCAAUUUUUUUUUCAAUUCUAAAAUAAGUUUGGUGAGCUCAUUGUGCUUCAAAAUUUAAAAAAAAUGGCUGUAAAAAGUCCCAGUCGCAUCUCAUGAUAAAAACUGAUUAAAAAAUCAUUUUUGAUGAAUAAAUUUGAGAUAAAUAAGAAAAUAAAUUAAUAAAUAAUAAGAGUGACCUCUUAAGUGACCACUUUGGGCGUUUCAAGUGCUCCCCAGCGUGAUUUCCGGAUUUUUUCGUUGUUUUUCAAAGUAGAUUCUGCACCGACACUUUAAGAGGCCACUCGGCAUUUUUCUAGUGAUCCCUAAAGGGAAAAUGCGUCUUCAUAACUUCCCCAAGUGCUUUAUCUCCUCUUCAACUUGCCUUCUUCCUUAAGUGAACCCUUGGCACUUCCCUAAUGGUCCAUGAAAUUGUAAUUUCUUCUUUUAAUCUCUCUAGAAUCCUUUACUCUUUAAGCGAUCACUUGGCAUUUUUCUAGUGGUCCCUAAAGGGAAAAUGCUUCUUCAGAACUUCCCCAAGUGUCGUAUCUUCUCUUCAACUUGCGUUUUCCCUUAACUGAGCCCUUGGCGCUCUCCUAGUGUCCUAGAACUGCAAUUUCUUCUCCUGAUUUCUCUAAGCCAUCUCUUAAGUGACCCCUUGGCGCUUCCCUAGUGGUCCUUGAAGUGUAAUUUCUAGGUUUCUCCCUAAGUCUUGUUCCUACUCUUUAAGCGAUCACUUGAGGCUUUUCUAGUGGUCUCUAAAGGGAAAAUGCGUCUUCAGAACUUCCCUAAGUGUUGUAUCUCCUCUUCAACUCGGUUUCUCCCUUAAGUGAGCCCUUGGCGCUGUUCUAGUGGUCCUUGAAGUGUAAUUUCUUCUCUCACAGUUAAAAGACCACUAGGGAAGUGCCAAGGGGUCACUUAAGGGAGAAAGCAAGUCGAAGAGGAGAUACGACACUUGGGGAAGUUCUGAAGAAGCGUCUUCCCUUCAGGAGCCCCUAGAAAAAGUCAAGUGGUCGCUUAAAGAGUUGGAACAAGGCUCCUAGAGGAACCUAGAAAUUACAGUUCAAGGACCACUAAAAAAGCGCCAAGAGGUCGCUUUAGGGGUGAAUGAGAGAGCCAAUUUUCUCCGAAACUCGCUGAGGAUUUCCCAGUAGAUGAUCAUUUCAGGAGGCAAGGCGACCUUCAUCGAGGCCUUUUUCGUGACUUUCAACUUGGUAGCGAAUCUGACAAUGAGCGAGAUGCCGAACGACCUCAACCACAUCCUCACCAUCAUGUACAUCUUCGUCUUUGUCACUUGUGGUACGCGACGCGUCGACCCAUCCAUGCGUCGCGGUUAUUUUCCCAGGCGUCGCGGUCCUCUCGAUGAGCGCCGAGUUGGCGGCCCUGGAACUCAAGGAGAUCUUCAUGAAGAUCCACUACUUCGGAAGGAAGAUCAACUUCAAGCGGAAUAAAAAGAAGGAUCAGAUGGAGGUCGGACUUCUGAAGCCAUUUUAAGAAACAUCAAGAGUUUCAGAUGGAGGUGAAGGAACUUCUGAAAAUCAUCGAAGAGAUCCGCCGCCGCUACCCGGACAAGGAGAAAAUCACGACCAGGGAUAUUUUGGAGGUUUGAAAAAAUGAACAGCUUUUUUGAUAGGAGUAAGUGUGCUCUAAUGAUAACUAGUUUCUGGAGUGAAUUUCAGGCUCCUAGGAAGUCAAAUAAGUUCCUUUUUUUCCAAAAAAAUUGAUCAAAAAUAAAUUUAGAUCAUUAAAAACUUGUUGGGGGAGUGAAAUUCAUCAAAAAUCAGACUGCGUCAUAAAUAUUGACUCAAGCCUAUUUUUUUGGUGGUUUUUUUGAGAAGCCUAAUGUACUUUUUAAGAAUUUUGUCGAUAUAAUAAACAAGAUUCAUUUAAUUUAAGGUUUUCUGAACAUCUCAAGCUAUAUAAAUUUUGAUUUCCUGAAAAAAAAAACCAUCAAUUUUCUUUAAAAAUGGUCCAUUUUGAAAUUUUUAGCUUUUUUUUGGAAAAAUAAGGGUCUUUAGUAGGUUGACAGCUUCAGAAUUUGUCUCUAGUGGAUAAAAAAAAAAAUUCUGGCAAGGUUUCAGAAAGUUCUAGAAUAAAAAGUGAAAUCAUCUUUUUUCUAGGAGCUUCGGCAAAGUUGGGAGGAAUUUGAAAGAAAAUUCAAAUUUAUCAGUGAUCUCUGUUUCAGUACAUGCACGAGAACAACGCGGCCAAGGAGAAGCUCCAAGAGCGACGGGACACGAUCGCGUUCAUGCCACAGACGAUGGAGAUGCUCAAGUUUGCCGACGAGCAGGACCUGGAAGACCGAAGUGUCAGGGGCAUCGACGAGCCCUUCAUCGACAAGUUUGUUUUCAUUAUAUAGUCUGUUUACUGCGCCUUAUAAGGGGUUUCUCUGCGCCCUCCUCGUCUCUCGGCGCCUCUCUCAUGUUGACAUGCUAUUUCCAUAUUUCUCUGACCUCCCCGGUGAGGGAGAGAGACGCAGACACGCGAAAAGUGUCAAGUCACGGUAAACGGACUAUUUUUAGUCAUCAUUCAAUCUUCCAAAAAAAAAAAAACUCAAAAGCUGUUUUUUUCAAUGACAAGUGCGCUCUAAGGAUAAAAAUGUUUUUUUUGAGUAGAUUUUUAGGCUGGAAAAAUUCAACAAAAUGUGAAAAAAAUUCAAAAAUAAAAUGGAAUUUUAAGAAAAAUUAGUUUUUUUCUAAGGCAGUACCUUAAACAAUAAGCUACAGAAAAGUUAUUAAAAACGUUAUGGGAAAAUUUUCAGUGGCCACUUCAGCAGUUUUUCAUCCAGUAUUCCUUCCAGAUAAUUUUUAAAAAAACAUAUUGGACAAGUUAUGUUGAUCCAUUGACCCCUAAAGUGGCCACUCAAAUAUUUAGAGGUCUAGUAGUAGCACUCAGACCUCUAUAGUGGCCACUAAUUUUUAACCCCUUAAGUGGCCACUAAAACGUCAAAACCCUAUAGUGGCCACUAAAAAUUUUCUUAGUUAGUAUAUUUUUAAUUCCAGUUGAAAAAAAAUUGAAUUGUAAUCAAUAGAAAGGAUGAAUUUCCGGAAUUUAGAGAGAAUUUUCAAAAAUGGCAGAAAAAAUGCCUAUAGUCCAUUCACCACGGCUUGAGAUACUAUUUUCAUGUUUCUGUUUUCUCUGCGCUCUCUUGUGGUCGAACAGCAUUUUCAUCAUUUUAUAGUCUUUUCGAGUGUCUGCGUCUCUCUGUUUCCUCACCGGCGAGGUCAGAGAAACGCGAAAAUAGCGCUUCAAAACGAGAGAGACGAGUAGGGCGCAGAGAAAAACGGCAGUUAUGGUCAAAAACUCAUAUUUGGACCUGUAGUUGAUCAAAAUUAGGGUCAGGCACCUUCUAGCCUCGCACAAGAAAAAAAAAAGAAGAAGAACUGUUUGCAGGGCUCUCGGCGACAUGAUCGGCGAGGUCGCCGCUUGCCAUGCCGUCUUGUGCAGCGCUAGAAGGUGCCUGUAUAUUUAUUCAUAGUCCUACAUACUGAAGUGAUUCCGAAGAGAGGAAAAAAUAUAACGGAAUUUCGGAGUUUCAGAGAUGAUUUUGAACAGGGUAUGUGCGAGAGCGCCGCAGUGCAUGCACACGACAAACUAAACUUUACGGAAAAAAUAUGGGCGGGCCGUCCGUGUUUGAAAUCGAUUUUUCCCGCCAAAAGCCGCGUCACCAUAAAUCGCGUUUUUCAAGAGUGGGAUCGACUAUAACUAAAUUAUAACUGAAAAAAAUCUCAGAAACGGCCUUUUUUUAUUUCUGAGAAGAUAUGCUUAAUAUUACAUAAAAAGCUUCUUUUUUAAAAAAAAUUUUUUUAAAAAAAUUGGUUCGAAAUUUAAUCAAAAAAAUCAUUCGACAGCAAAGUUGCUCCAUGGAUAAAUUUAUUUUUUUCAAACCGGACGUGUCGCGACAUUUCUAGGGACCACGUUAGUAGUGUCUUCUCUUAAGUGAUCCCUAGAGUUGCUCAAAAAAAUCAGUUUUUAUUCACCCCCCUAGGAAAAAAAUCAGCAAGCUUCAAUGAAUGAACUAAGAACUGAUUCGCGAAGGAAAAAAAUUGAAAAAAACAUGGAAUUUUUUUCAAAAAAAUCGACUUUCGAUAAAUAAUCAAUGAAUGAGUGAAUAUGUGCUCUACUGAGAAAUCCUCUCGAAAAAUCUGACUUCUCUGAUCUCUCUUCUCUCUCGGUUUAAUAUUUUCAUGUUUCUGUUUUCUCUGCGCUCUCUCAUGUUCGAACAGUGUUUCCAUCUUUUUAUAGUCGUUUCGCGUGUCUGCGUCUCUCGGUUCCCUCACCGGCGAGGUCAGAAAAACAUGGAAAUAGCACGUAAACAGGAGAGAGACGCCGAGAGAUAAAGACAGCGCAGAGAAACCAAAAAUGGACUCAUCAGUGAGAGAGAAGAGAGCGCAGACAGGUCAGACGGUUUAAAAUUGUGGUGAAUGGACUAUUUCCAAAAACCAAAAAGCUUUCCAGAACCUUGACGAUGGUGGAUGUGUUGGAACUUUCGACGGAAAUUGAUUUGGAGCACCGUUUCCACCACGAACUCCGCAAAUACACGGCCGAGAUCAAAAUGAUGCCCAAGCCAUCGAGGCCUUCUUUGAGUAUCGAACCCAUUGAUGAUGUUUAA